UUUGGCCUUUCCCGAUGAACUUUUCCAAGCUCUUCAAGGCGCCGCCGCCGCCGCCGCUCGAGCCGCCGCCGCCGGACGCCGAGCCCGGUCCGUCGCCACUCUUGAAGGAGUAUGUGCCCGUGCGCCAGCAGCGCCUGCCCGACGUCAUCCUCGAAGAGCAGCCGUUCGGGCGGCGGCGGUCGUCGUCGGUUCUCGACGCGCCGACGAUCACGCCCCGCCACGCGUCCAUUGCCAAGGUCAUGUCCAGCAGCUCGCUGCUCUCGGAAACGCCGAAAUCGCCCAUCCUGGCGCGGAAGCCGUCGUUUGUCGUGCCCAAUCUCGACAUGAAGCAGUUCGAGAAGGACUCGGAGCUCCUCUUGCUCAUCAACCAGCUCAAGGUCGAGCUCCAGCUCUGCCAAGACGAGAACGCACAGCUCCAGAAGCAAGUCGCCCAACACCCGAGCGUCUCGGACCACAAUGGCCGCAGUGCCCUCGAGCAAGCGAGGUACUAUGACGAGAAGACGCGCUACUUGGAGAUGGAGAACGCGCGCUUGCGGCAGAUGGGCUCCAACCAGCAGAGCGCUGGCGAAGAUAAAAAACGCAUUGCUGAGCUCGAAGAUGCGCUCCGAGAGGCCAAGCACACGGAGCGGCGCGCGCUGCGGCUCGUGGUCCUCGCCCUCGGCAAAGAGACCGUUGCGGAGCUGCUGCAAGCGCCAGGCAUGAACCAAAAGACGCUGGAAGAGCGCGUGCGCCUCGUCGUCGACAAGCGCAAGCCAAAGACCCGCUCCCGCGCGCCGCCGCCCAAGCGCCCGCAGAGUGCGUCGCCGACCAAGGCCGCCGACAAGGCGAUCCGAGCACGCUGCGUCGAGCUCGACGGUCUCUGGAAAAAGUACUGCAAUGAGCUCGUGGGCCCGUCCAAGGAGUUUGCCGACUCGCUACGGCGCUAAAUCGAUUGAAAACGCAUACGACGGUUGUAGCAGCUAGUUAUAUUAGUUGGGAAAAGAGUCGACGCAUCGACGAGUACACUUUAGUCGCAGACGAGGACCUUGAGCAUGUUGGUCGAGC